GAAUUUCGCGGGUUCGCUGGUGACGUAGUGCGAGUGGUCCAGUGACUGGCAGUGAUUGUGAUGGUUCGCGGCGGCGGCGGUCCAUGAGAGUCAAACACCCGCUCCGGAUGCCGACGGGACACUUGGACGAGGACGACUUCGUGGUGGUCAAGACGAGGUCCAACAGCCCGGAGAGCGCCGGCGGCGGCGGCGGCUUCUGGUUGUCGGCGGUAUCCGCCGCCUCCGGGGCGCCGCAUCCCGGCUUGCCCAUCGAGGGAUGCAGCGAGACGGGCUUCAUCAACAGCCAACCGUCCAUGGCGGAGUUCAUGACGGCGCUGCCUCACCUCUCGGGAGACAUGGCCCAUGGGCCUUCCAUCAGCCCCCAGAACACGCCUCCGGGAACCGGCUACCCCAUGGACGUGCCGCACGGGAUGGGAUCGCCGGGGGUCAACGUGCCGGAGUACCCCUGGAUGAAGGAGAAGAAGACCACGAGGAAAAGUAGCCAGCAAGAAAACGGACUUCCACGCAGGUUAAGGACAGCGUACACCAACACGCAACUAUUAGAACUAGAAAAGGAGUUUCACUUUAACAAGUAUCUGUGUCGUCCUAGAAGAAUAGAGAUAGCCGCUUCUUUAGAUUUGACAGAGCGACAGGUGAAAGUGUGGUUCCAAAACCGACGCAUGAAACACAAGAGGCAAACCCUGGGAAAGCAAGGAGAAGACGGGGACGACAAGGACUCCAUCAACAGUGAUGGUGGCAAAAACGGAAAGUUGUCGUCCGACAAGUUUCUCGACGACGAAAUGUCGAAGAAAAGUUGUCAGGGGUGCGAAAUGCCCUCAGCCGGACUGUGUGGCUCCCACGAGGAAAUUCCCGACAUCAGUUCGACGAGAGGCAACAAUAACAAUACGCCGAGUGCUACAAACAAUAACACUAAUUUUAAUAAUAAUAGUAAUGGAGCUAGUAGUGUAGGGAGUUCGAGUCCUUUUGACAAACUCAUAGCUGAGGAAGAUUCGAGGUCGAACGAAGACAGUUCGCACACUUCCCCGCGGAUAUCGAAAAAAGGAUCUUCUUCUAAUUCUGUCACCGUUAAAGUGGAGAAUCGCAGGAACUCACCAAACUCCUGCGACCGGAAAAUCGGAAUGAGUAAAAUUUCACCAAUCAACAACAAGGAAAGUGUUAACUCUGCGGAAGCUGUGUCCGUGAAGAUGUCACCAAAGGGUGCGUCUGUACCCAGCGGGAACGUUCACCCGAGUCCUCUAGGAAUGGCUUCGAACAUCAUGUACUCACAUCUACAGAGAUCUUCACCUACAACGGCAACCGCUAUAGCUUCUGCCACUGUCACAAUCCAGAACGUGGGGAAUUCGAUCCCUCCUUUUGCGUCUAGAGGGUCCAUGCCACACUUUCCGAAUCAGUACCAAAUGAACAAUCAAGAGUAUAGGGGAGAUAGAACGAAACAUUCCCAGCAGCACUUCCAGAUGACCCAGAAUUUAUAUCCUGGAGAAAUGUACAACCCCGAGCAUCCGACGGUUAACGAAGGACAGCCGUAUCUUCGAAACUCGAACCAUUCUAGCCAAAUGUCCCACGGAGUAAGUCGGGAUAUGACUACAAGAAUGGCGGGGAGGGGGAGACAAUCUUACCCCAGCUAUCCCAACCAGCAGCAGUAUUACUACAACAAAAAUCACGGAACAAACGAAGGUUAUGCAUUAAACCACCAGAAUUACGUACAAGGUUACCAAAGUGAUCAUCCCAACUACAACCAUUACGGGUACCACUCUAAUAUUUAUCCCAACGAUGGUUCAGAGAACGUGGCACAUCUGCCGAACUCGGUUCACAUGGGACAUGAGACAGCUGCGGGGUACUACCAGAACGAGAACAUGCAUUUACAAAAAAACCAAGAGUAUCCUAACAAAGUGGGCUACUACGAAAAUAACCACUACAACGCUAACCAGCAGAUGUCGAAUAGUGAUCCCAAUUACAUUAGCCCCGAAGUAUUCCCCAGUACGAACAAUCCGGCGAUAAUGACGCCCCCUGCGAGUGUACAGACUGAAUCUAGUGACAAUUACAAUUCGUUUCAUCAGUUCUAUUCCAGUGAGUCUUCACAAAAUCAAGUAGCGCCUACCGGUGAAAACAGUAAUAGUUCGUCGGACUUUAAUUUUUUAAGUAAUCUGGCUAACGACUACACGCCGGAGUACUAUCAGAUUUGACUUUGUGCAAUGGACAACCCUGUAUACUGUUAAUUUUUACUGUUAAUAUGUGAAU